UGACCACCUGGGCUGUGACCCUCAGACGCGGUUCCUCGUCCCUCCUAACAUCAAGCAGUGGAUCGCCUUGCUGCAGAGGGGAAACUGCACGUUUAAAGAGAAGAUCUCGCGGGCCGCGUUCCACAAUGCAGUUGCUGUGGUCAUCUACAACAAUAAGUCCAAAGAGGAGCCAGUCACCAUGACUCACCCAGGCACUGGAGAUAUCAUUGCUGUCAUGAUAACAGAAUUGAGGGGUAAGGACAUUCUGAGUUACCUGGAGAAAAACAUCUCCGUGCAGAUGACCAUCGCUGUGGGCACGCGGUCGCUGCCCAAGAACCUGAGCCCCAGCUCCCUCGUCUUCGUGUCUGUGUCCUUCAUUGCUCUGAUGAUUAUUUCCUCGGCAUGGCUCAUCUUCUACUUCAUUCAGAAGAUCAGGUACACCAAUGCACGUGACAGGAACCAGCGCCGUCUUGGAGAUGCAGCCAAGAAAGCCAUCAGCAAGCUGACGACCAGAACGGUGAAGAAGGGCGACAAGGAAACUGACCCAGACUUCGACCACUGUGCCGUCUGCAUAGAGAGUUACAAGCAGAAUGAUGUUGUCCGGAUCCUGCCCUGCAAGCACGUUUUCCACAAAUCCUGCGUGGACCCCUGGCUCAGUGAACACUGUACCUGUCCUAUGUGCAAACUCAACAUAUUGAAGGCCCUGGGAAUGGUGCCAAAUUUGCCAUGUACUGAUAAUGUAGCGUUUGACAUGGAAAGGCUCACCAGAACCCAGGCGGUUAACCGAAGAUCAGCCCUCGGUGACCUUGCCGGCGACAGCGCGCUCAGCCUGGAGCCGCUUCGCACUUCGGGGAUCUCGCCUCUUCCUCAGGACGGGGAGCUCACUCCACGCACAGGAGAAAUCAACAUCGCCGUGACAAAAGAGUGGUUCAUUAUUGCCAGCUUUGGCCUCCUCAGUGCCCUCACACUCUGCUACAUGAUCAUCAGAGCCACAGCUGGCUUGAAUGCUAACGAGGUAGAAUGGUUUUGAAGAGGAAGCCGCUUUCCGACGGAUUUUGCCUCGGAGGAAACAGAGCCUAUUUUUGUGCGUCAUUUCCCAACCAUGCCACCAAGCGUUUAUUUUUAGUACAUUUUAUUUUUUCAUGAACUUGCUAAUUGCCAAAGCUUUGUAUUAAAAGAAAUAAAUAAUGAAAUGGAA